ACCGAACGCACUUUGACUUUCAAUUGCUUUCAAUGUUAAUGGAAAAACAAUAGUUAGUGAGCGACCCCUCUUCAUUCUGAUUCAUUCUAUCUAAAGACUAAAACUAAAACACCAUCUUCAUCUUCAGCAGCACUCGAGCUUCUUCUUCUUCUUUGUGGAGGUGGCGGCGGAGAAGCGCGUUUUGAAGUGAGGCAUUACUGACUGUAUGUCAGUGGAAUACUACAGUGGAGUUUUCUACGGUGAGCUCGCUAACCCUUUACAAUGGCCACAACUCAGGAAAAAGCGACGCUCGACAAUAACAACCCCAAUGCUUCUUCCUCCGCAGCUCAAUCUUCUCCUUCUUCUUCUUGGACUGAUCCUGUCCGAAACCGACCCUCCGUCGCCACCUUGAUUUCCGCCGUCGAUUCCUUCUCCGAUCCACCUCCCAAGACCACUUCCUCUACCAAAGGUAUCCCAGUCAUGAUGAGAGCUCAAACAUGCCACCCUUUGGAUCCACUAUCUGCUGCUGAAAUAUCAGUAGCUGUAGCUACAGUUCGGGCAGCUGGGGCAACCCCUGAGGUGAGGGAUAGCAUGCGCUUUGUUGAAGUAGUCUUGGAAGAACCAGAUAAGCAAGUUGUGGCAUUAGCAGAUGCAUAUUUCUUCCCUCCUUUCCAGCCAUCAUUACUCCCCAGGACUAAAGGAGGACCUGUGAUUCCUACUAAACUUCCCCUAAGAACAGCGCGAUUAGUUGUUUACAACAAGAGGUCAAAUGAGACAAGCAUAUGGAUUGUUGAACUUAGAGAAGUUCAUGCUGCAACUCGAGGUGGCCACCAUAGAGGCAAAGUAAUUUCUUCCAAAGUUGUUCCAAAUAUUCAGCCUCCAAUGGAUGCUGUGGAGUAUGCAGAAUGUGAAGCCGUUGUGAAGGACUUCCCUCCAUUUCGAGAAGCAAUGAAGAGAAGAGGGAUUGAAGACAUGGACCUUGUAAUGGUCGAUGCUUGGUGUGCUGGAUAUCAUGGUGAAGCAGAUGCUCCUAGCCGCAGGCUUGCUAAACCUCUAAUCUUCUGUAGAACUGAGAGUGACUGUCCCAUGGAAAAUGGCUAUGCUCGUCCAGUUGAAGGAAUCCAUAUUCUUGUUGAUAUGCAAAAUAUGGUUAUUCUUGAGUUUGAAGACCGUAAACUGAUCCCCCUCCCACCUGCUGAUCCAUUAAGAAAUUAUACUUCCGGUGAAACCCGGGGAGGAGUUGAUAGAAGUGAUGUGAAAUCGUUACAGAUUAUUCAGCCUGAAGGUCCAAGUUUUCGUGUCAAUGGACAUUUCAUUCAAUGGCAGAAGUGGAACUUUCGUAUUGGUUUCACUUCUAGGGAGGGUUUAGUUAUUUAUUCAGUAGCCUAUAUUGAUGGAAGUCGAGGGAGAAGGCCAGUGGCCCACAGAUUGAGUUUUGUUGAGAUGGUGGUCCCUUAUGGAGAUCCAAAUGAUCCUCACUACAGGAAGAAUGCUUUUGAUGCUGGAGAAGAUGGCCUGGGUAAAAAUGCUCAUUCUCUCAAGAAGGGUUAUGAUUGUUUAGGGUAUAUCAAAUACUUUGAUGCUCAUUUCACAAACUUUAAUGGUGGCGUUGAAACAAUAGAGAAUUGUGUUUGCUUGCAUGAAGAAGAUCAUGGUAUUUUAUGGAAGCAUCAGGAUUGGAGAACAGGUUUGGCUGAAGUUCGACGGUCUAGAAGGCUGACAGUAUCUUUUAUAUGUACUGUGGCCAACUACGAGUAUGGAUUUUUCUGGCACUUUUAUCAGGAUGGAAAAAUAGAAGCUGAGGUUAAGCUCACAGGAAUUCUUAGCUUAGGAGCAUUGCAACCAGGUGAAACUCGAAAAUACGGCACGACUAUUGCUCCUGGAUUAUAUGCGCCUGUUCACCAACACUUUUUUGUUGCUCGUAUGGACAUGGCUGUUGAUUGCAAGCCUGGUGAAGCAUUUAAUCAGGUUGUUGAGGUGGAUGUUAAAGUUGAGGAUCCAGGAAAGGAUAAUGUUCACAACAAUGCAUUUUAUGCUGAGGAAAAAGUGCUUAAAUCAGAAUUAGAAGCAAUGCGUGAUUGUAAUCCUUUAUCUGCUCGGCAUUGGAUUGUUAGGAACACAAGGACCGUAAACCGAACAGGGCAGCUAACAGGAUACAAGCUAGUACCUGGUUCAAAUUGUUUACCUUUGGCUGGUUCAGAGGCCAAGUUUCUGAGGAGAGCAGCUUUCUUGAAGCACAAUCUUUGGGUGACGCCUUAUGCUCCUGACGAAAUGCAUCCGGGAGGAGAGUUCCCUAAUCAAAAUCCACGUGUUGGAGAGGGUUUGGCUACUUGGGUUCAGCAAAAUAGAUCACUGGAGGAAGCUGAUAUAGUUCUUUGGUACGUAUUCGGUGUGACAUACAUUCCACGAUUGGAAGACUGGCCAGUUAUGCCAGUGGAACGCAUUGGUUUUAUGCUUAUGCCACAUGGGUUUUUCAAUUGCUCCCCAGCUAUAGAUGUUCCCCCAAGUGCAGGUGAUUUGGAUGAUAAAGAGAAUGGGAUGUCUGCGAAGCCUAUUCAGAAUGGGGUGAUUGCUAAGCUCUGAAAAGGGACCAAAAAGUAGAGACAAUUGAUUAUGUUUAUUGAAGGGAGUGCAUCGAUUAUAAUUUAAUUUGUUAAUUGUGAUGUUUUUUGUGGUCCACAUGGAUAUAUAAGAAUAGCUAUUUAGGUGACGCUUGUGAUGUACUUGGAAAAUGAUAAUGCAUUAUUGCUUCUCUAAAUUGAUCCAACUUUCCUUUUCUAACGGAGUGGAGUGUGUUGGAU